UUAAUGCGCGCCUCGUGUUUACAGCCAGCCGUCAAAAAUUCAGUUUCCAAAUGUCACCUGUUUUAACACCAAACACGGCAGUCCUAAUUUAGAUUAUAACAUUGGUGCAUGUGGAGGAUAAGCACGGAGUAAAUAAGACGAUCAUUGUAGAGAAAAUCUGCCUUUUUGGACGCAGAUUUUGUUAAGUAUUUUGUGGAUGUUGUCUGAAUGUUGAUGUCAUUGGAAGCUAUAAACCAAAAAGUUGUCAGAGGUCAAAGUCCUCUGUAAAACUGCUCAUUACAAAGUUACAGUGUGGUGUAACAUGGCAUCUGCAAGCGGUGUCUUAAUGUGAGAAGUCAAACAUGAAUGAAGAAGAAGACCUGGAGACACUUGGUGAGCAACUGUACAAUCUAAUUUACCCCAAACACAAAGAGACUGCUGGAAAACUCACAGGUAUGUUGCUGGAGCUGCCAGGUCCUGUCCUGAGUCAGAUGCUGCAGGACGAGGCCACGCUGACUGCAGCCGUGGAGAAAGCCCUCAGAGCUCUGCAGCUGGCACAGGAGCCCAGCAAGGUAACAUGUAAGGACGAGGAUGAUGUGUCUGUGUCCUCUGACUCUCUGGGGGAGCAGCUGUUUGAGCUGGUGGAUGUUUACAACACUGGCCACUCACAGAAAAUCACAGGAAUGCUUCUGGAGCAGCACAAAGAGGCAGUUUUAAACCUUGUUUCAAAUCCAAAACUGUUGGAAGAGCAGGUGAAUUUCGCCCUGAAGACACUUAAAGAGCAGAACGUGGAGGAGACAGACAUCAGUGACUCGUCGGACGCUGAUGACACAGAGAGGCUGGGAGAGAAGAUCUUCUCACUGGUGGAGGAGCUGGAUCCACUUCAUGCCAAUGAUAUUACAGGUAUGCUACUGGAGAUGGACCCAGCUGCUCUCCAGCAGCUGCUCAGUGACCACACAAUGCUGGAGGGUGCUGUUCAGAAAGCACAAGCAGCACUGGACACUUGAACUCUCUCUACGAGACAACAACAUUUUACACACCGAAUAACACAUUAAUAAAUGAAUGACUUUAAUGAACUCAGAAAAUAUAAUGCUGGGAAGAGCUGACAUAUCACUCCAGGAGAUUAUGGUAAUACAAGUUACCUAUUACAUAACCAGCUAUCUUUGUAUUAUACUGAUUGUUGAGUGGACUGUGGACAGUCUAAGUUUGACAGGACUUACUGUAAAUAACUGAAGAGUCUAUUUAACCUCUUCUUAGCAGAAACUGAUAUUGCCCCUUUCUAAUACGGGUGCUCAGAAUCAUUGUUGCUUGAUGAAAAUGUUUACAGCGGGCUGUAAGAGAGGAUUUACUUGUAAGGCUAUAAAAGAAGUGCUUAUCUAAGUGUUGCCAACAGUUAUGCUAUGACAAUUUAUUAGAUUUUGUUUUUGUACUGUACUCAUAAUGAUGUAACUGUAAAGUGGUGAAAUGUCUUUGCUAACAGAAAAUACAGCAGAUUAUAUAUAAACUAAGGAAGCUCCAUAUUUUUAGCCACAAUGCUGGUCUGUCGCUUCACCACUUUGGUCCAAAUAUCUCAACAACUAUUGGAUGGCUUGCCAUGAAAUGUUGUCCAGACAUUCAUGGUCCCCAGAGGAUCAAUCCUGCUGACUUUUGCAGCACCACCAGGUUCACUUAUCCUGUGAAAUAUCUCAACAUCUACUUGAUGGAUCGGCACAGAAUUUUGUCCAGAUAUUCAGGUUCCCUGACAAUGUAUCCUAAUAACUUUGGCGAUCCCUUAACUUUUCAUCCAGCAUCAUCAACAGGUUGAAGUUUCAGCUUGUCAGAUACUUUGGUUUAUGAACGUAUACCUGUAAAACUAAUGACAUUCCCAUCAACCUCAGCUGUACUUUGUGUUCUAGGUAAUUAGCAAAUGUUAUCAUGCUAACAUGCUAAACUGAGAUGGUGAACAUGCUAAACAUUAUACCUGCUUAGCAUCAGCAUGUUAGCAUUGUCAUUGGGAGCAUGUUAGCAUGCUAAUGUUAGUAGUUAGCUCUAAGCAGUACAGUCUCGCAGAGCUACUAGGAUGGCUGUCUUGUUAGGGCCAGACAGGCCCUUUUGUAAUGCAAGGAAUUAUUAUUUUUAUCAAGUGCUUGCAUUUUUGAGGGCCUAAAUGUGCUCUUUCUGUGGCCGAUGUAUCGCCUCAAGACAUUCAAAAAAGCCUCUUGGAGCCAUACCCUAAACCCAACAGGAAGUCAGCCAUUUUGAAUAUAAAGUGUAAUUUUAGGCCAUUUUUCGCCACUUACAGGCUCUGUACUUUAACAUACUCCUCCUAGAGAAUUAAUCAGACUGACUUUCUGAUUGAUCUAUGAUUUUCGCAGUGCAAUCUAAAGAGCUUCACAAUUAAAA